AUGGUUCUUAUGAUUUCUAAAGGCUCUGAUUUAAUGGAUCACCCAAAAAACAUAUUUAAUAGAUCAAAACAAGUAUUUGGGCUUGAUCCGUAUCAGUCCACUUAUACCUUUGAUACUGAGUAUCGGGUGACGUGGCAACAUUUGAUUGGUUCAGCGUUUUCGCUGAAAGCAGAGAAAAAAAAAAAACAUUUCUGCCACUCUUCUCUCUCUCUCGGGAGAAAACCUAAAAACUUCCGCCGAUUUUUGAUUGGAACUCUCCUCCGUCGAUUUCUCCUCUCCUCCGCCGAUACUCUGUCGUUGCCGAAGGCGGAAGCAGAAGAAGAACAACAAACGAUCCUUCUUCGAUGUAGAAGAAGGGAUCCCCAGAAACAGGUUUCAGAGGAUGUUGUGGUGGAGUAUGUUCCGGAACAACCAGAAUUGGAAGAUGGUUUCGACGAUGAAUUUAGGAACAUCUUUGACAAGACAUUGGUCUCAAAAGAGAAAAUAUUUGCAGCUUCUUGCAGGAGAACAUCUGUGAUAACCAUGAAGCCUGGACUUGAGAUGACAAGUAAAAUUAUAUGCAAGUACAAGAUGGCAAGUACAAGUAAAAGAAGAUGACAAGUAAAAGAAGAUGGCAACUUGUUGUUAACUCUUUUGUGUUCUGUUCUUCAUUUAAAUGUCGUUUUGCUUCUGUCAUUGUGUCACUGGUAUUCAUUUUGCUUCAGAACCACAACUUUUUGUAGAUGCAAGUGUUCUGUGUAUAGCCAUGUUUCAUGUUUGUGUGAAGAACAAGAGAAAUGCAUAUCUUUUUUAAUCAA